GUGGAGGUUCAGGCUGGGAGGGGUUUCUUCAGUGCUCUAAAAACUCCCACAGUGAAAAACUUUCAGACUGUGAGCUAAGUGUAAGCCAGCAGCUCACACAGCUGGAUUUAAACACACCAGCAACUGGCCAGGUCAGUCUCAGCAGCCAUUAGAGAAGGAGAGAAGGAUGGAGACUGAAAUAGGUGACAAGACAGCAAGCGUCGGUCCACUGACGCAAGAACAGCUUGCUGCCAUACAGGAUGAACAAGUGUUGAACAACAUGCUGGACAAAGCUGUGGAUUUUGAAGAGAGAAGAAUGAUUCGUGCUGCCAUGAGGGAGCUGCUGAAGAAAAAGAGGGAACAGCGAGACCGUGAGCGGGCAGAGCGUCAGCAGGACCUGCGUCAGCGGGGUGUGUGUGCUGGACGCAACCCAGCUGGACAGAGCUUAGGCCAGAAACCAGCAAAUGGACUGAGCAGCACCCAGCAACACACACACAGAGCAGCUCAGGCAAAGUCGCCCAAUCUAUCAUCAGCAGGUUCCUCCCCUAAAGCUCCCACCAGCCCGGCUCGUUCCUCAGCUGUUGGUGUCAAAGUUCACCGCAGCUCUGCGCUCGGCGGUCCAAACACCAAAGACGUCAAACAGAUGCUGCUGGACUGGUGCAGAGCCAAGACCGAACCAUACGAGGGAGUGGACAUCCAGAAUUUUUCCUCCAGUUGGGCCGAUGGUCUGGCAUUCUGUGCUCUGGUGCACAGGUUUUUCCCUGAAGGUUUUGAUUACUGCACACUGGACCCGUACGACCGCAGAGCAAACUUUGAGAAGGCAUUCAAAACCGCAGAACGGCUGGCUGAUUGUUCUCCUCUUCUGGACGUUGAUGAUUUGAUGCGGAUGAGGGAGCCGGAUUGGAAGUGUGUGUACACCUACAUACAGGAGUUCUACCGCUGUCUGGUGGAGAAAGGCCUAGUCAAGACCAAAAAGAAGACCCCAUAACAACCAAGAACACACAAACACACACAUAGUCUGAAAGAUGAAGUCCGAACGAGAAGUGACAAUGGAUUGCUACAUGAGAGCUGCAGGCCAGCACACAAACAUGCUUCUUCAGGGACCGAGAGACAGCUCCAUCAGUUCUGUAUGAGAAUUAAAGGGGAAUUCCACCGAAUUUUCUACAUUUCUAUAUAUUAAAAAGUUUGAGAUGCAAACUCAUUCAGAGUGGUUUGGUGUGAAAUGGUUGAGUUUAGAGACUCAGAUCUCUGGUGAUAGGAACCAGGACUCACCAUGACUACAACAUAAAUAUAGUCAUUUUAUUUACUAUCCAAAACCACCAAUGAACCUGUAUGUGUCUUUCCUGUAGCAACUUUCUUUGAGGGAACUUUUAGAGAUGGAUGCCUGGUUCCUAUCACCACCACUAUAAACAAUUCUGCCUAGAACAGAGCAUUUCAUACCAAACCACUCUGAAUGACUCUGUUUACAUCUUAUCCAUUUAAUUAGAUAAAAAGGGCAGAAUAAUAAACAAAUCGGUGGAGUUUCCCAUUAAGCCAUUGUUCAAAUCCUGCCAGUUUACUUCACUGUAGCAUAUCGGUUUGUAAAGUGCACUAUAUGUUGUAACUAUAUAAUGUGUUGAAAAGAAAUAAAAUAUUGCUGUUUGUCACAAUAAACUUCUCUUUUUUCACAUUCUCAGUCUCCA